AGUUACAGUAUCUUUUGUCCAUUUGAUUAUUACAUCACUACAGCAACUUUCAGAGUUAAGACAAUGUUGGAUCAUGAGAAAUUGCUAUAAACAUUCUUAUGAGAAUCACUUCGAGUCUAGGAAAUGUCAGUUUUUUAGUGUUUCAAUAAUGUGUAUUAUAUCGUCUCUUGAGAAGUUUUCAGAAAUUCUGAGAAAAAAUGGACAGCAGAAAAGGGUUAGAUAGAUGGGAAGAAAUAUCUAACAAUUUGGAGAGCUGUUCAAGCCCUAAUCUCAAGUUGUAGAGUAGAUAUAUUCAAAUUUAUUUGAUCUUUUGAUAUUUUUCAAUUCUGAAUGAAGGCACUGGUGGUUUUUCUCUGCUCUGCCUUUUAAUACGUCACUUAAGCAGAUACUUGUCCUUUGAGUAAGUAGAAUUCAUUCUACUUUUGCUUCAUCCUAAUUUUUGAUGCGGAACAAUGGUAGAUGUAUUCAUGCUUGUUUUUCAUUAGAUACUUACCUAUUGAUUACUACCUCUCUGGGCAGUUAAGAAAAGAAUCACUCAAUUCUAGUAUGUUUACAAGAGUUUCUUUCUGAUUUGGCACAUGGACAGUGAGAAUGACCUCACUGUGUUUGUUCCCUGGCACAUCAAAGCUUUGCUGCAGAUGUUAGUACAGCAGAACUUGUUUGCUAAGAUGACCCAUUAUGGAACUCUAGCUGAUUAAGCAGAUGUUAAUGGAUAAUUGCAUGUCCAUGAUUACUUCUUUGACCAUAUUACCAACUCAACUCAAUUUCACUUGCUUUUCAAAUAAGACAAAACUGUCAAUAAAGAAACUGGACAUCAAGUUUCAAAAGAUUGGUAGAGUUUAUAGGGAAAUGCAAAAAGGAGGGAAGAGAUGAUACACACAUUGUCAAAUAUUCUGAAAUGUUAAGAAUUGUGGAAAUUGUAAGUUUCAUAAGGAGUUUUAGACAAAGGACACUAUAGCCCCCAUUCUGUUUUUUUCUUUUUCAUUUUAAACUUAGAUUUGCUUUACUUCUUUGGGUCUUCAUUUCUUCCCAUGCAAAAUCUCUGAAAGUCAAAAGGAAGGUUAGAAGCUAGCCAUUUCACCUCUAAAGAAAUUAACUUAGCUUACCCAAGAUUACACUUGUGGUUAGUGCCAGAGCUAAGCCAAGGAUAAACUCUGUUGACUUCAUUUCUCACUAAACUGUACCACUGCAGUCUACCGCUACUAGCAUUCUGUGCCUUCAGGAAGAAUUUUCAGCCUCUUCACUUUCCUGAUGCCCAGGAAUUCUUUUUAAGUUAUGACUAACAAAGUAUAAAAUAUGAGUCAAAAGUUAGUCCCUAAUAAAGUCAUUGUGACUCUAAUGACUUCGGCAGUUGUUUCAUACUGCAAAAACAGGAAAAUCCCACACAAUAAGGCGCCUGUCUAACAGCUGGGCUCCUGCGUAGAAGGCCACCCACAAGAGUAACUAACUGCCGGGGCUGUCUUCCUCUCUUUGACACCUUUUUAUCCCCUGUUCUUACAGUUUUCCCCUAUUGACCUCAUGAGGUUAUCAAUGAGAGGAGGGUACCUGCUUUAGCUAGUCUUUGAUAGGCUGAAGAAUAGUUUUGAUCACUUAGGAUUCACUCCUAAGUGAUUUUCAGUUCACCCUCAAUAGGCCUAACUUAGUCUUAGAAGUAGCUCUUUGAUGGGCUUUAUACAAGCUUCCUGUAUUAUCAUUCUUCUGGAUUGUUUUAUUCUCAAAAACAUAAAAUCACCAAAUUUUAGAUGUGAGAGGACCCUGCGAUCAUUCCAAUUCACUCCUCCUAUGUGAUUAGUUCAACUAAAAACUCAUCAUGAAGAUAGUACCUAUCUUGCCAAUGGAUCUUUGCAUAAAGCUCAAACUAGUUCUCCCAUGAGAAAUAUAGAGAAGUAAGGAAGUGUCCUAUCAACUCAGAAGAAACUGGCUCAGAAGAAAUAACCUCUGUAUGCAGUGUUGAAACUAAAAUAAAAUGGAAGCCAUCAAACAAAAUGUUCCUACCAAGUGUAAUUGAAUUUCAGCGCUUGUUACUUAUUCUCUACUUUUAAGAUGACUUUUCACUAUUAAAGGAACUUACUCAAAAAAAAAUCAGACAAUUUUAUAGAAAAGGUAUAUUCUAGGCAAAUAAUAUUAAAUCACUUAUUUUUCACUAUUAAAGGAACUUAUUCAAAAAAAUCAGACAAUUUUAUAGAAAAGGUAUAUUCUAGGCAAAUAAUUUUAAAUCACUUAUAUAGAAAACAUACCUACUUCCCUUUUCAAAAAAAUAGCUGCAAUUUCUAGCAGUGUAUGUGAAUCUAGUGUUGGGCAUCAGCUUAAGAAGCCUUUGGAGGAAUUUUUAUUACUAAGAGUUCAUUCAUAAAUUUUACUUGUCUGUGUUGAAAAGGGGCACUAGCCAUUUCCUCUGGGGACAUUAUUUCUAGGUAGGCUCUGACAGGGUUUUCUUGUGAAGGCAGAUUCUUAGGAAAAAUAGUAUCUGUGUACAUGAGAUGGUAGAGACACAUUUAUCUUUAAAAUAGUGAGUUCCUGUUUAUGGAUUUCUCUACUGCAUUUGAUUAAAUAACACCCAUUUCCUUUCAAUUCAGUAACUCCUUGGGAAACAGUUUUACCCAGAGGCUAUUUUACCUUCAAAUCUGGACUAAACAUGCAACUUAAUAAAUAGAGAGACUCCAAAAGUCUUAGACUGUAAAACUGAGGAAUGAUAAAUGCUUCUCUUCCUUUGUUACGGUCUGAAGCAUUUUCAGUCUGAGUUGUUUUCCUCAGUCAUGUGGAGGGAGUUUUGUUUUCUGGGAAAUCUUGGUUGCUGGUAAAUAAUGUGUACAAACUGUAGGAGGCAGCCACAAAAUUUAUUAUACGGUAUAAAAGGUUAGGGUUGAAAGGCUGAGAUCCUAAAAUCAUGCAUCAUUCUCAUUUUACACAUGAAAGGUGAUGUGACUAAACAGGAGAGUGAGAGCUGAGACUGAAAAGUCAACAUCCGUCUACUACUGCAUCGCAGCUGCCUCUGGCUCGCCAGAAACACUCCUAUGUGGGAGUCAGAUGCUAAAAGCCCAACUAAGCCUAGAUCCUCAGCUGUCUCCUCAGGCUUAACCUCAAACAUAAUUCCUAUCUAUUCUAUUUCUUAAUGUGUCUCAUCACACAGUUAAACAGUAGUCAUACUAACUGGACGCUACAUAAACUAGAAUGUAAAAGAUACCCUUCUACCCCCGGCCCCCCACUGUCUGCUCCUUGAAGGCCAUGUCUGCCUUUCUUAGUGGUACAGAGCCCUAAGAUAGCAUAAAUGGGCCCUUCAUAAGUGCUUUUUGAUGAGAGCAAUGAAUGCCUUCGUCAGUGUGGUUGGGCCCUCCCUUAUGGAGAAGGAAAACCAACAGUCGUUGCUAAGCAACAUUAAAGGACUAGGUUAGUUUCUGACACCAAGUGACUGCCAUCUGCAUACUUCACCAUGUUUUGUGUUUUAUGGUUGCCUUGAGAUGACUUUGCUUUUUGGUAGCAUUACUACGCCCUUAGCAAAGGCGUAUAGAAGAACUAGUUUAGACCUCGAAAGGAGGAAGGUGAUAUUCAUCUGUUAAUGUUUUACAUGGGUACACUGAUCCCUUUCGUAAACUAUACGAGAAAGGUGAGGAGUUUGGUUUAUUUUCACCCCGCAGCUGUGAACCACCUCCCUGAUCUCAUAUUGGAAGUGAUUGACAAUGUAUCCCAACAGGGUCCUAUGGCAAUGGGAGGCUAUAGAAAGAAAAUAAACGGAGAAGUCUUUCCUCUUACAGCCUUUUAUGAUUCAAUUUGUACCUGCUCCCAUCUUCUGAGCAGAGAUGCUGAUACAGCUGAUAAAGAAUGGGCCCUAUUCUCUCCAGACCGUUUGCUGUUGUGGUUAAACAACAUGCCCUAAAAUACCUAUUUCUACUAGAAUGAAAGCUGAUUAAAAGCAGGAGAAGCAUUUUUGUUUGUUCCUUUGUUAUUGUUGUUGUUUUCACUGCUAUAUCAUCAGUAUUUUCCCUGGUCAUUUUAGAUAUUCAAUAAAUAGUGGGAAAAUACAUGGAAAAAAGGGCAUUCUUGAACUAACACAAAGCUAAUUGACUCUAAAACGUUCCUAAGUAUUUCAGAGAGACUAAAGGAAGCAAAAUGAGACGAUUGUUUGAAAGUUACAUUUGGCUAAGUCUAGUGCAGAGAAAAUUAUGGAAAAAAUUAUCUGUCUCUAAGCUUUUUGCAAGACACUUUUACGAUGAUCCAAGUAAAGUUUACCUCUCAGCCAAAAUUCAGUUUAUCGGUCAGAACAUAUAAACCUGUCUUCUCCAGCCUCGGAGUCUGCAGCGUGUCUGUCUUUUGAGGAUUUAAAAUGGGAGGCGAUUGUGACUGAGCAGUUGUGUCUUUAAAAACAAAUAACUUGGAAUUCAUGCAAUUCACCUGGAGUUCAAAAUUGCACUGAGGUUCAAUAAGUAAAACAUUCUAUCUGAGAUGAUUGAUUCAGAGAUGCCUAGUUACUAACAUAUUGUAUAAUGGGAAGCACACACACAUACGCAAGCAGGGUUACCCAGAAAGAGGGUGAUUGGACAUCUUUGAGAACAAUGCAUGGUGCAGUGAGCCAGCAGGCAGAAAUACUGACUUGCAUUGGCUUCACUUCCAAAAGCCAAGUCUCCUAGGCACAGGCGAUGGCAUGACCUGGGGCUUGGAUACUUGAAAUAAAGCUAUUGUUGGAUGCGGAUGCUCAUUUGAAAGGGGAAUGCCUCACAGGAAAAAGAGCCAAUUGCAAGUUGGGGCUGUUGCCAUGGUGCUUUGCUAUUCCUUCAACUUACUAUAAAUGAAAUCCUGGGAGUCCAAGGGUAGGGGAACCAAGGGGAGAGAUGAGGGAAAUGAGAUGAGCCUGGGGGCGGAAUCCCACUGCAGUAAAGCUCUAGUGUUUCCUCUUGCCUGUGCUCUAAGGCUGACAAGGAGAAGGGAGGGGCUGGGAAGAAGGGAGAGAGAAAACUGCAGGGAAGGAAUGACUUUCUCAACAUGCCUGGAAUUGCUAACAUAAAAUAAAAAUUAAUUUAAAUCCUCAGAUUUCUAAUGUGAAUUAGAAGAUCUAACACUAAACAAGCAUAGUCACUCAUAACCCCAAGUAAUUCACCAUUCUUUCAGUAAAUGAACGUUCAUAUUUCCUAACACACUCUCAAUCCUAGAUGGAAAGGUGAAAAGAGUUUAAUACAUUUGUCGUAUGCAAUCUAACAUGCAUAUUAAUGAGCUGAUGGAAGGCAGAAACAUGCACGCUGCAUAGGAAGUACGUUUCAAAUGAAAUAAAUUAAUCUCAUUCCUAUUCAUUUUACUAUGAAAAGAGGCUAAGUGCAUUGGCAUACGUUGGUGUCUGACAAGUAAUCCUCCAAAAAGCUAGUUUUCAAAAAUUCUUGCAUACUGGCAGCCUAGUCUGAAAACAGCCACAGUUCUAACCUUUUUGAAAUGUUUGUUUAAAUGUUCAGAAGUCGGUUAAUCAAUGCAUCAUCACUUUGAUCAAUUAAAACAGCUGGAUUUUUGUGCAGAGGCUGCAUCUGCAGAAUUCUGGUCUGCAGUGGAGAGAGGGUUAAGGAACACCUAGUUGAAAUGGGGGAGGGUAUCGACUUCAGAUUUACUUAAAUAUUCAUGGGGCUUCCUCCAUUUUAAUCUUCUCCUUUUUAAAAGAUGGCUGUGUUUCCUAGUCUGGCAAUUCCUCAGGAAAGAAGAAUUGCUUCUUCCUUGCAGAGUUCAGCUGAGUAGGACUAAUGUAGAGUGGAAACCCCUUCGGCCACCAGGACUAUUCAUAAUUCAUAAGUGCUUCAAACCAGCCAGCUGAAUACAUUUGGACAGGCUCUUGCUCCUUCAUGCAAUUCCUGAUUUCAUUACUCUCUUCUGCCAGGAAAUAAGCGUGGAGCAUAGGCUUCUUGCAAGAAUGGAGUGUGAAGAUGGGCUUUGUCUGGCUUAGGAAAUGCCAUGCAUUUUGGAGGUUUUGUCUUUUCUAAGUUUUGAUUAUUUUGUCACUGGAUCUGCAGGGCUUUCCUGAUCCUUUCAGGAUUGCUCUCUCAGAACUGUGAAUUCUUUCAAAGGGAUUUGUGGACUGUGGCAAAGAGAGCAUUCCAAAAUGCCUGAAGCAAAUUAUUUGUUAUCUGUAUCUUGGGGUUACAUCAAGUUCAAGAGAAUGCUGAACCGGGAGCUGACACACCUCUCAGAGAUGAGCCGAUCAGGGAACCAGGUGUCUGAAUACAUUUCAAAUACUUUCUUAGACAAACAGAAUGAUGUGGAGAUCCCAUCUCCCACCCAGAAAGACAGGGAGAAGAAGAAAAAGCAGCAGCUCAUGACCCAGAUAAGUGGAGUGAAGAAAUUAAUGCAUAGUUCAAGCUUAAACAAUACAAGCAUCUCACGCUUUGGAGUCAACACUGAAAAUGAAGAUCACCUGGCCAAGGAGCUGGAAGACCUGAACAAAUGGGGCCUUAACAUCUUUAAUGUGGCUGGAUAUUCCCACAAUAGGCCCCUAACAUGCAUCAUGUAUGCUAUAUUCCAGGAAAGAGACCUCCUAAAGACAUUCAGAAUCUCAUCUGACACGUUUAUAACCUACAUGAUGACUUUAGAAGACCAUUACCAUUCUGAUGUGGCAUAUCACAACAGCCUGCACGCUGCUGAUGUAGCCCAGUCGACCCAUGUUCUCCUUUCUACACCAGCAUUAGAUGCUGUCUUCACAGAUUUGGAAAUCCUGGCUGCCAUUUUUGCAGCUGCCAUCCAUGACGUUGAUCACCCUGGAGUCUCCAAUCAGUUUCUCAUCAACACAAAUUCAGAACUUGCUUUGAUGUAUAAUGAUGAAUCUGUGUUGGAAAAUCAUCACCUUGCCGUGGGUUUCAAACUAUUGCAAGAAGAACACUGUGACAUCUUCAUGAAUCUCACCAAGAAGCAGCGUCAGACACUCAGGAAGAUGGUUAUUGACAUGGUGUUAGCAACUGAUAUGUCUAAACAUAUGAGCCUGCUGGCAGACCUGAAGACGAUGGUAGAAACAAAGAAAGUUACGAGUUCAGGCGUUCUUCUCCUGGACAACUAUACUGAUCGCAUUCAGGUCCUUCGCAACAUGGUACACUGUGCAGACCUGAGCAACCCCACCAAGUCCUUGGAAUUGUAUCGGCAAUGGACAGACCGCAUCAUGGAGGAAUUUUUCCAGCAGGGAGAUAAAGAGCGGGAGAGGGGAAUGGAAAUUAGCCCGAUGUGUGAUAAACACACAGCUUCUGUGGAAAAAUCCCAGGUUGGUUUUAUCGACUACAUCGUCCAUCCACUGUGGGAGACCUGGGCAGAUUUGGUACAGCCUGAUGCUCAGGACAUUCUUGAUACCUUAGAAGAUAACAGGAACUGGUAUCAGAGCAUGAUACCCCAAAGUCCCUCACCACCACUGGAUGAGCAGAACAGAGACUGCCAGGGUCUGAUGGAGAAGUUUCAGUUUGAACUGACUCUUGAUGAGGAGGAUUCUGAAGGACCUGAGAGGGAGGGAGAGGGGCACAGCUAUUUCAGCAGCACAAAGACACUUUGUGUGAUUGAUCCAGAAAACAGAGAUUCCCUGGGAGAAACUGACAUAGACAUUGCAACAGAAGACACAUCCCCAGUCGACACAUAAUCCCCCUCUCCCUGUGGAGAUGAACAUUCUACCCUUGAUGAGCAUGCCAGCUAUGUGGUAGGGCCAGCCACCAUGGGGGCCGAGGCCUGCACAGGACAAGGGCCACCUGGCUUUUCAGUUACUUGAGUUUGGAGUCAGAAUGUAAGACCACGAAGCGAAUAGCAGCUCAGGAAAUCCCACGGUUGACUUGCCUUGCUGGCAAGCUUGGUGGAGAGGGCUGAAGCUGUUGCUGGCAGCCGGUUCUGACCAUGAUACAUGGCUUGAAAAUGGAAGACACAAAACUGAGAGAUCGUUCUGCACUAAUUUCGGGAACCUAUCCCCGCUAGUGACUGAACUCACUGACUAAUAACUUCAUUUAUGAAUCUGCUCACCUGUCCCUUUGUCUGCCAACCUGUGUGCCUUUUUUGUAAAACAUUUUCACGUCUUUCAAACGCCCGUUGAAUACCUAGAGUUUAGUAUCAACUUCUACACAGAUAAGCAUUCAAAAUUGACAAAGCUUUUUGACUCUUUCUGGAAAAAGGAAAGAAAAUAGUCUUCCUUCAUUCUUGGGCAAUAUCUUUCACUUUACUGAAGUUACUUUUGCAAACAGAAAGGAUACACUUCUAACCACAUCUCACUUCCUUCCCCUGCUGUCCAAUCCAACUCCACAGUCACUCUUAUAACUUAUCUCUGUUUGCCUGCCUCCAGCAGUAUUUAACUUUUUGCUGUAAACACGAUAAAAUUGAACAAAUUAGGAGGUAGAAAUGGGCAGUUGUGUCGCUCACCAUGAGCAGCGUGCCCUGCUGUGUCUCGGACCCUCCACCAAAGGAGUUGUACAUUCCGUGUCCUGUUCCCUACCUCCUCUCUUCACCCAGUUACGCUGUUUUCAAUGUAAUGCUGCCGUCCUUCUCCUGCACUGCCUCCUGUGCUAACACCUCCAUUCCUGUUUAUAACUGUGUAUUUAUUAAUGUAUAUAAUGUAAUGUUUUGUAAGUUAUUAAUUUAUAUAUCUAACAUUGCCUGCCAACGGUGGUGUUAAAUUUGUGUAGAAAACUCUGCCUAAGAGUUACAACCUUUUCUUGUAAUGUUUUGUAUUGUGUAUCAUAUAACCCAAAUGUCACUUAGGAGAGACAUACAGCCCCCUUGGCGGAGAGGAUGGAGGGUGGGCUUUUGUUAAGAGGGUCUGCCCUUUCUUUCCCUGCCUGAGUUGCUACUUCUGCACAACCCCUUUAUGAACCGGUUUUGGAAACAAGAUUCUCACAUUAGAUACUAAAUGGUUUAUACUCAGCUUUUACUUUUGUAUAGUUUGAUAGGGGCAGGGGGCAAUGGGAUGUAGUUUAUACCCAGGUUCUAUCCAAAUCUGCGUAGGCAUGAGUUGGGUUCUAACUGGGUCCUCCUAUCAUUAUGGCUUUGGUUCAAAAGCAACACUACAUUUGCCUACAGAUGAUUCUUCUGAAUGCUCCCGAACUACUGACUUUGAAGAACUAGCCUCCUGCCUGCCAUUAAGCAGGAAUGUCAUGUUCCAAUUCAUUACAAAAGCAAACAAUUAAACAAUGUGAAUUUUUAUAAUAAAAUGUGAACUGAUGUAGCAAAUUAUGCAAAUGUGAAGCCUCUUCUGAUAACACUUGUUAGGCCUCUUACUGAUGUCAGUUUCAGUUUGUAAAAUGUGUUUCAUGCUUUCAGUUCAGCAUUGUGACUCAGUAAUUACAGAAAAUGGCACAAAUGUGCAUGACCAAUGGGUUUGUAUGUCUAUGAACACUGCAUUGUUUCAGGUGAACAUUUUAUCGUUUUCAAAUGUUUCUCACAAUGUAUGUUAUAGUAUUAUUAUUAUAUAUUGUGCUCAAAUGCAUUCUGAAGAAACUUUUAUAUGAAGUGAAUAAACAAAAGCAUGAUUA